AAAUACAGCCCAACUCUUAGUCACCUCUCUCUCUCCUCUCUUUCUCUCUCUCUCUCCGAGCUCUUCUCCAAUGGAGAAUUCGCCUAGAUUCCGAGACGCACCGAAUCUUCUUCCUUCUCCGACAAGCCACGGUAGCUGCAACAGCGCCACCGAGACCACGACCAAGCCACCCUUUUCUCCGACAACGACCCGACCCGUUUCCACCAGAUCCGAGCCCGGAAACUCUUACCCGACAACCUUCGUCCAAGCCGACACUUCCUCCUUCAAACAAGUUGUCCAGAUGCUCACCGGAUCGUCCGUCUCCAACCCGACGCACCAACCCGACCCGAAAUCAUCUCCCUCUCACUCGAUCCCUCCCAUCAAAGCCGUACCCAACAAGAAACACAGCUCCAGUUUCCGUCUCUACGAGCGUCGCAAUUCUCUGAAGAAUCUCAAGAUCAACCCAGUUUACUCCGGUUUCUCCCCCCGUAAACCGGAGAUUCUCUCCCCGAGCAUCUUGGAUUUCCCGGCUCUGGUCCUCAGCCCGGUCACUCCUCUAAUACCCGACCCGUUUGAUAGAUCCGGGUCGUCGAUUCAGAGCCCGAACGAAUCCGGGUUCGUCUCCAAAAUCCAGUGUGAAUCGAAAUCUGGUGUCGAUUUGGAAGAGCGAGCGAUCAAGGAGAAAGGGUUCUUCUUGCAUCCUUCGCCGGCGACGACGCCAAGGGACUCGGAGAUCCGACUGCUCCCUCUUUUUCCGGUGACUUCUCCUCGUGUUUCAUCAGGUUCUUCCGCCGCCGCUACUUCUUGAGACGAGCCCUGAUUAUUUUUUUAAGAAAUUUUUCACUCUCCUUCAAGUGUUUAUAUUUGUGAUUUCAUUUCAUAACAUGGGCGAUGAUGAAUGCUGAUUCCGGUGAGGGAAAUAUAUAUGAAAUCUUGUAAUGGUAUACAUCGAGGUUAAGUCAUCGCUUCGAUUAGUAUGAAAUUUUAUACGCUUUAGUUCAUUAUCAAAUCU